AUGUUUGUUUUAAUAAAAUUGUGCUCGAUUUUCAUUUUAUUAAUUGGUGUUCAAAGUAAUCCGGAUAGAAGAAAAAGUUACUCAGAAUUAAAAUCAUGUGAUGUCGGACCUUUGGCAGAAGAAAUAGCAUCCUAUGAAUCCGUGGUCAAAGAAAUCAUAAACUACGUAACGAACGGCCCGUUUAAAGGAAAAACAUAUGAUGAAUUAUCGAAAUUCGUCGAUACUUUUGGUGCUCGUCCCUCAGGAUCUCAAGUACUCGAAGACUCCAUUGAUUACAUAAUUCAGCUGACUAAGGAAGAGGAUAUAAACGACAUCGUUACACAGGAACUAGAGGUACCACUUUGGAUGCGAGGAAAAGAAGAAAUAACUAUGAUUGAACCACGGAAAAAAAAUAUUGACUUAUUAGGUUUAGGACAAAGUGUAAGUACACCACCUGAGGGUAUAACCGCUGAGGUAAUUGUGGUACAUAACUUCGACGAGUUGUCUGAGAUACCUUACGAAGACGUUGAAGGUAAAAUUGUAUUAUACGACCCUAUCUUUACGACAUAUGGUGAAACAGUUGCAUAUAGAUCACAUGGUGCUGUCAGAGCAGCUGAAAAAGGAGCGGUUGCGUCAUUAGUGAGAUCUAUUGCCCCAUUCUCUAUUAAUUCACCUCAUACCGGCUUACAAUAUUAUAAUGAUAAUGUUAAAAGGAUUCCAACUGCAGCCAUAUCCAUCGAAGAUGCUGAUUUAAUGAGAAGACUGUUUAAUAGAGGUAAAAAAAUUGUCCUAAACAUAACAAUGACGUCCACUUCUGAGACGAAAACGUCCAGGAAUACGCUUAUCGACUUAAAAGGAAGUUUAAACCCAGAAAAGUUAGUUAUUGUUUCUGGUCAUAUAGAUAGCUGGGACGUCGGACAAGGAGCUAUGGACGACGGUGGUGGCUUAUUUGUUAGUUGGGCAGUGCCAGUCAUUUUGAAACAACUUAAUAUGAAACCAAAGAGAACUAUAAGGUCUAUAUUCUGGACGGCUGAAGAGUUAGGGUUAAUUGGUGCUUACGCCUAUGAGGAAAAACAUAGAAAUGAAAGUCAUAACAUAAAUUUCAUAAUGGAGUCCGAUGAAGGUACAUUCGCUCCACGUGGAUUGGUUGUUGGUGGAAAUCAGAAAGCUCGAUGUAUUAUAGCAGAAAUUUUAAAACUAUUUGAGUCUAUAAAUGCUUCUACUCUCGUUGAAGCAGAUAGUCCAGGGACUGAUAUUAGUGUUCUCGUCAAAACUGGAAUUCCAGGAGCUAGUCUUCAUAAUGCAAAUGAAAAGUAUCUUUGGUUUCAUCACACCGAGGGAGAUACUAUGAACGUAGAAAGUCCUGAAGAACUUGAUCUAUGUACAGCAUUCUGGACUGCGUGUUAUCCAGAUAAAAUUAAAAGUUACUCAGAAUUAAAAUCAUGUGAUAUCGGACCUUUGGCGGAAGAAAUAGCAUCCUAUGAAUCCGUGGUCAAAGAAAUCAUAAACUACGUAACGAACGGCCCGUUUAAAGGAAAAACAUAUGAUGAAUUAUCGAAAUUCGUCGAUACUUUUGGCGCUCGUCCCUCUGGAUCUCAAGUACUCGAAGACUCCAUUGAUUACAUGAUUCAGCUGACUAAGGAAGAGGAUAUAAACGACAUCGUUACAGAGGAACUAGAGGUACCACAUUGGAUGCGAGGGAAAGAAGAAAUAACUAUGAUUGAACCACGGAAAAAAAAUAUUGACUUAUUAGGUUUAGGACAAAGCGUGAGUACACCUCCUGAAGGUAUAUCCGCUGAGGUGAUUGUGGUACAUAACUUCGACGAGUUGUCUGAGAUACCUUACGAAGACGUUGAAGGUAAAAUUGUAUUAUACGAUCCUAUUUUUACGACAUAUGGUGAAACAGUUGUAUAUAGAUCACAGGGUGCUGUCAGAGCAGCUGAAAAGGGAGCGGUUGCGUCAUUAGUGAGAUCUAUUGCCCCAUUCUCUAUUAAUUCACCUCAUACCGGCUCACAAUAUUAUAAUGAUAAUGUUAAAAAGAUCCCAUCUGCAGCCAUAUCCAUCGAAGAUGCUGAUUUAAUGAGAAGACUGUUUAAUAGAGGUAAAAAAAUUGUCCUAAACAUAACAAUGAUGUCCAGUUCUGAGACGAAAACCUCCAGGAAUACGCUGAUCGAUCUAAAAGGAAGUUUAAACCCAGAAAAGUUAGUUAUUGUUUCUGGACAUAUAGAUAGUUGGGAUGUCGGACAAGGAGCCAUGGAUGACGGUGGUGGCUUAUUUGUAAGUUGGGCAGUGCCAGUCAUUUUGAAACAACUUAAUAUGAAACCAAAGAGAACUAUAAGGUCUAUAUUCUGGACGGCUGAAGAGUUAGGAUUAAUUGGUGCAUACGCCUAUGAGGAAAAACAUAGAAAUGAAAGUCAUAACAUAAAUUUCAUAAUGGAAUCCGAUGAAGGUACGUUCUCUCCACUUGGAUUGGUUGUUGGUGGAAGUCAGGAAGCUCGAUGUAUUAUAGCAGAAAUUUUAAAACUAUUUGAGUCUAUAAAUGCUUCUACACUCGUUGAAUCAGAUAGUCCAGGAUCCGAUAUUAGUGUUCUCAUCAAAACCGGAAUUCCAGGAGCUAGCCUUCAUAAUGCAAAUGAGAAGUAUUUCUGGUUUCAUCACACCGAGGGAGAUACCAUGAAUGUAGAAAAUCCUGAAGAACUUGAUCUAUGUGCGGCAUUCUGGACUGCGGUGGCAUAUAUAAUUGCAGAUAUCUCUGCCGAUAUACCACGAUAA